AAAAAAAUAAAAAAGGCAAAAUUUAACAAUUGCUAAGAUAACUAUACUAAAAAUGAAUAUAUUAAAUUAAAAUAUUAAUUACACGGAUUGAUACAUGAUUAUAACAUGCAUUUUCAAAUUAAUAAAAACAUUUUAAAAAAUAUUUUAAAUUGUUAUAUAAUACUUGAGCCCUAUUAACCAGAUUAAAAAAAAAAAAUCAAUACCAAAAUCAUUUUCGCGCCUUUUGAUAAUUCUAGCAAAAACAUAAAAAUAUUAAAAUUAUUUUAAAAUUUAUUUAUUUAUUUUUGUAAAAAGCAACAUUUUCUCUCUCUCUCUUUCAAUUCUUUCAUCAUCUUUGACUUGUACUUAGGCGGACGCGACCGCAACUUUAAUUCUUUUCCCUCUUUCUCUCUCCUCUUUCUCUUCAGACAAUAAAAAGUUUAAAUAAAAAAAAAAAAAACAAAACAAAAAAAAAAAACAUUCUCUCUCCUCAUUUCCUCUCCUCCUUUCUCCUCCCUUCGCCGGAGUUCUCACCGCCGGCAACUUCUCGCCGCCGUACAUUCGCUCUUCUCCUUCUAACUCCGAGAUUUCAUUGUUACCUCGAAAUUCGUGCAAUUGCUAAGAAGCAAGAUUGAUCUGCUGUGGGAACUCUGCACUAGAGUUGUUGUAGAGGUGGAAAAGGAAAAGGGUUUUUUUGGGAAGAUAGAAUUAGUUAGAUCUAGGGUUUUGAAAAUUGAAUUUUAGGGGAGUAUAAUUGUGUAAUUUCUGGGUUUUUUUAGGGUGGGAUUUUUGGUCAAGGUUAAGGGGAUUUUGUUGAAUUUUAAUGGUGGUAGUGUAGAAGAGGAUGAAAGGCAGUGAUGUUAGAGAUCGGAGAGGGAGGCGAUUAGUUGAAUUUCUCACAUGGAAUGGCAGAUCUUGUUAGUUAUGGUAAUGCCGAUCGUGACAUUGAGCAGACAUUGAUAGCUUUGAAGAAAGGUGCUCAAUUACUUAAAUAUGGUCGUAAGGGAAAGCCAAAAUUUUGUCCGUUUAGACUUUCUAGUGAUGAAACAACAUUGAUUUGGUUGUCUAGUGGUGGUGAGAAAAGUAUAAAGCUAUCUUGUGUCUCAAAAGUUAUUCCUGGACAAAGAACUGCUGUUUUUAGAAGGUUUUUGCGUCCGGACAAGGAUUAUUUGUCCUUUUCCCUUAUAUACAAUAACAGAAAACGGUCUCUUGAUCUGAUCUGCAAGGAGAAAGUUGAGGCUGAGGUGUGGAUUGCUGGUCUCACAGCACUCGUCUCUGCAGGGAAAGGUGGGCGCUCGAAAAUUGACGGAUGGAAUGAUGAAGGCCUUUCCUUACAAGACAACAAAGAUUUGACAUCAAGUAGUCCAAGUGACAGCUCUCUUACCUUGACAAGAUAUCUUAGCUCACCUGAAGAUUCUUUUAGUUUUCAUGGUGGUUUCUCUCCUAAACAUAAUCAGUCAGGCAACUUUAUGUCUUCUGAGAAAUCACAUGUAGCUUCAGAAAAUACAAAUAUGCAAGCAAAAGGAUCUGCUUCAGAUGUUUUCCGGGUUAGUGUUUCUAGUGCACCCAGCACUUCUAGUCAUGGAUCUGCAGGCGAUGAUUGUGAUGCUCUUGGGGAUGUGUACAUUUGGGGCGAGGUUAUAUGUGAGAAUUCUUUCAAGGUUGGACCUGAUAAAAGUGUAAAUUUUGUUAGCACAAGAGCAGAUCUUCUUCUUCCCAAGCCAUUGGAGUCUAAUGUUGUUCUGGAUGUGUACCUCAUAGCUUGUGGUGUCCGGCAUGCUGCUCUUGUCACAAGGCAAGGCGAAGUUUUCACCUGGGGUGAAGAAUCUGGAGGUAGGCUGGGGCAUGGUGUGGGGAAGGAUGUUUUUCAACCUCGUUUAGUUGAAUCUUUAGUUGCUUAUAAUGUUGAUUUUGUUGCAUGUGGUGAGUUUCAUAGCUGUGCUGUAACAAUGUCUGGUGAGUUGUACACAUGGGGUGAUGGCACUCAUAAUGCUGGGCUUCUUGGUCAUGGUAAUGAAGUUAGUCAUUGGAUACCAAAGAGAAUUGCCGGACCUCUUGAAGGUCUCCAAGUGGCUUCUGUAACUUGUGGUCCAUGGCAUACUGCUUUAAUAACAUCAACUGGGCAGCUCUUCACUUUUGGUGAUGGAACCUUUGGUGUCCUAGGCCAUGGGGACCGUGAAAAUAUUCCUUAUCCAAGAGAGGUGGAUUCUCUGUCAGGUUUGAGGACAAUUGCUGUUGCAUGUGGGGUGUGGCAUACCGCAGCUGUGGUUGAAGUUAUCGUAACUCAAUCCAGUUCUAGCAUUUCAUCAGGAAAACUAUUCACUUGGGGUGACGGAGAUAAAAAUCGUCUUGGUCAAGGUGAUAAAGAGCCCCGUCUGAAACCAACUUGUGUGCCAUCACUUAUUGAAUACAACUUUCAUAAAGUUGCUUGUGGACAUAGUUUAACUGUUGGGUUGACUACAAUGGGUCAUGUAUUUACGAUGGGGAGUACAGUUUAUGGUCAGCUUGGGAAUCCUUUUUCUGAUGGAAAACUACCUUGUUUGGUUGAAGAUAGGCUUGGUGGUGAAACGGUUGAAGAGAUUGCAUGUGGUGCAUAUCAUGUGGCGGUGUUAACAUCCAGGAAUGAAGUUUACACUUGGGGAAAGGGAGCAAAUGGGAGGCUAGGUCAUGGAGAUGUAGAGGACCGAAAGACACCGACCUUGAUUGAGGCCUUAAAGGAUAGACAUGUUAAAUAUAUCACUUGUGGUUCUACUUACACAGCAGCUAUAUGUCUUCACAAAUGGGUUUCUGGUGCUGAGCAGUCUCAGUGUUCCUCUUGUAGGCAGGCUUUUGGAUUUACUCGAAAAAGGCAUAACUGCUACAAUUGUGGACUUGUGCACUGUCAUUCUUGUAGUUCAAAGAAAGCAUUUAGGGCAGCUCUUGCUCCAAAUCCUAGUAAACCUUAUCGUGUAUGUGAUACUUGUUUUGCCAAAUUGAGUAAAGUUUUGGAAGGUGGCAGCAACAGAGGAAAAAGUUCUGGGCCUCGGCUCUCAGGUGAAAACAAAGAUAAAUUAGAUAAAGCAGAAUUAAGAUUGUCAAAGUCAAUGCUACCUCCCAACCUGGAUUUAAUUAAGCAAUUGGAUACUAAAGCUGCCAAGCAGGGAAAGAAAGCUGAGACAUUCUCACUGAUUCAGACUUCCCAAACACCUUUGUUACAAUUGAAGGACGUUGUUUUAUCUGGUAGUGCUGAUGUAAAGCAGACAAUACCAAGGCCGGUUGCUACAACAGCAGCUGCUACUUCCAUUUCCAGACCAGUGUCACCUUUCUCACGUAAGCCAAGUCCUCCACGUUCAGCAACUCCAGUUCCUACGACUUCCGGCUUGUCUUUCUCUAAAAGUAUUUCUGACAGUUUGAAGAAGACUAAUGAACUCCUAAAUCAAGAAGUAGUUAAAUUGCGUGCGCAGGUUGAGAGCUUGCAGCAGCGAUGUGAACUUCAAGAGUUAGAGCUUCAAAAAUCGUCAAAGAAAACUCAAGAAGCUGUGGCGCUUGCUGCAGAUGAAACCGCGAAAACUAAAGCUGCUAAGGAUGUAAUAAAGUCGCUUACUGCUCAGCUCAAAGAUAUGGCUGAAAGGCUGCCACCUGGGGCUUAUGAUCUAGAGAACAUAAAGAUGCCACAAUUACCAAAUGGCUUGGAACCAAAUGGUAUUCAUUCUGCUGAUGCAAGCGGAGAGCACGUUUUAAGAUCCGAUCCUACAAAUGGUUCCAUCUCCUCGUUAACUGGAGUUGAUUCGUCCACGACAAACGGAACUCAAGGACCUUUACAAUCUCCCAGGGAAUCAUACAUGCUCAAUGAAAACAGUUACCAGCUGAAUGAGAGUUUUGCAGCCUUGAAGGGUAGAGAGGAUCAAUUACAUGCCAAACUGUCAGCUGCUGCCGGUGGUCUGCAGACAUGCAGCAGCAGUGUUUCUGAUGCCACUGAUGCUCGGUUUUCGGCAUCGUCUCAAGAUGGCUUUAAUAGUUGUAGGUCAAAAAGUCCAGUUCCAUCAGCAGCUAAUAAUAAUAGUCAAGUUGAAGCAGAGUGGAUUGAACAGUACGAACCUGGUGUUUAUAUCACUCUGGUUGCCCUUCGAGAUGGAACUAGAGAUCUCAAACGAGUGCGCUUCAGCCGAAGAAGAUUUGGGGAACACCAGGCGGAAACAUGGUGGUCGGAGAAUCGUGAAAAGGUGUAUGAAAGGUACAAUGUUCGCGGGUCUGACAAGUCAUCUGUUUCUGGACAAACGGCAAGAAGAUCAGAUGGAGCCAUGUCUCCGGCAUCCUCUUACAACUAGCCGAUGACUGUAGGUAGUUAGUGACCCUGUAAUUAUUGGGAUGCCUUUUUGCAAAGAAUUGGCUAUGAUAUUGACAGAGUAAAUCACAUUCUUCUGCCCCUCUAGAAUUUUUGAUUAUUUUUUUUACACUUCAUUUUAGCCUUUUGGGGGUUAAGCUACACCUUUUGACCUGUUAAUUGUCAUAUUAGUGUAUAUAAAUUAUUCAUUGCGAGAAAAAUGGGAUGUAUGAUUGUAGCUAGUUUAACGUCAAUGUCUCCUUUUUACCCGAUCA